AUGAUCAUGUCCACUAAUUGUGAAUCAGCACCUGAGCUCCAGUAUACAUUCAUCGAGCAAGCGCUGCGCGCUGGUGGCGACGUGGCGUUGCGCUGCGCGGCCGCCGCUGCGCCGCCUCCACGAAUAGCCUGGUUGCUGGACGCUCAACCACUUGCGCAUUAUCGCGCUCCUCAUAGAUACACAGUCACUGAGGAGACAGGUGCGGGCGGUGAAAUAGUUUCGGUGCUGAGACUGCGCGCGUUGUCUGCCGCGGACGGCGGCCGCUACACUUGCCGCGCUCACAACUCCCGAGGUGCUGCCGAGCAUUCAGCACGCCUCAAUGUUUAUGGCCCGCCAUCCAUCCGAGCCGUGGGCCCCGUGCGAGUGGUAGCGGGCGCCAACGCCACCAUCUACUGCCCCUACGCUGGAUAUCCGAUCAGCGAGGUGUGGUGGUGGCGCGACGGCGAACGCAUCGGUGGAGUUGGGCGCGUGUCAGCGCGCAGCGCGGCGUUGCGGCUGCGGCCCGCACUACCCGCGGACCAGGCGGCGUACGCGUGCAGUGUGACCGCGCCCGAUGGACAGGUCGCUAGGCGGGAAAUCGAGAUUCAAGUUCGAAAUCCGCCAAAGAUUUCACCAUUUAUAUUUUCGGCCGAGUUGACAGAGGGCAGCAGCGCGCAAGCGCUCUGCGGCGUAUCGUCCGGCGACAAACCUCUAUACUUUUCGUGGCUGAAAGAUGGCGCCCCACUGCCGGCGGCCCUGCAGGUUCAGGAGAAGAGUCUCGGCGAGUUUUCUCUACUCGUAUUCCCCGCGUUGGCUGCGAGGCACUCCGGCGUUUACACCUGCCGUGUCGCCAAUCAUGCCGCGAGUGCCAACUACAGCGCUACUCUCAGCGUUAAAGUGGCACCUUCAUGGACAACAGAACCAUCCGAUGCUGCAGUCUUGCUGGGUGCUCCUUUGCUACUAGAAUGUGCCGCUAGAGGUCAUCCAACACCAGUGAUAACGUGGUUUAGAAAAGUUGGUGAGUCUCCAAAUGGUCUAGAAAAUGAGGAGCAAUGGGAAGAGGUCAGCGGUGGUCAGUGGGGUGAUCCUGGAGGAGCGGCGGCGCGAGGCGGUGCACUUUCAGCUGCAGCUGCGGCUAGACGCCACCAGGGCCGGUAUCGGUGUAAAGCUGAUAACGGAGUCGGCGCUCCUCUGCUCAAGCACGUCAAUGUUACCGUCCACGAACCUGCACACUUCGAAGCUACCGAACCACGAAACGUAUCAGCAGUGCGCGGCCGCGAGGCUGUUCUCUGGUGCCGCGCACGGGGUGAUGCGCCACUUAGUCUCACAUGGACGAGACUUGGCCGCCGUUUAGACCUUGACUCUUUUCGAUGGUCAAUAUCUGAAAGCGGAGCGGGCGGCGCUGGAGAAGCGCUUCGCUCGGAGCUUCGAUUACGAGCCGCCGAGGGUGCUGACGCAGGAGAAUAUCGCUGCCUUGCUGCGAACCAUUACGGUCGCGCUGAAAUGCUUGUAUUCCUGCAUGUUGAAGAACCUCCCGAGGCACCAGCUGGAUUGCGGCUAGGUGGUGUAGGCGCGCGCUGGAUUAGAUUAGUUUGGGACGCAAGCUCCACAGACGCUCGCUAUUCGGCUAUAUACACACCUUUGCACGCGCCUCCUGGUUCAGCAGCUUUGACAGUUAAUCUCACUAUUGAAACAGCACCGCUUGAUGCGGAAAUUCCUUCGGGCGCAUUGUCUGCAAUACUGUCUGGGCUUCGUCCAGCAGCGGCUUAUUCUCUCCGUGCUGUUGCUGCCAAUCAUGUAGGCGCUUCACCGCCGUCCGCACCUCUGCUUUUUACUACCCUCGAGGAAGCUCCUUCAAGCGCUCCCCAAGACGUAAGAGUGCGAGCGGUUGCACCGGGAGAACUGCUAGUGUCCUGGACGGCUCCAUCGCGAGACUCCUGGAACGGCGAGUUGUUAGGGUACGUAGUGACGUGGCGAGCGUUAUCAGGAGCAGAUGAUGACGAAGAAAGCGAAGGCGAGGAAGGAGCGGCGCGUGCAGGUAGUGUAGCGAUAGCAGGAUGGGCGCGCACCGAGUUAACACUGCGUGGGUUGCAUAGAUACGCGCGCUACGCAGUAUCUUUACGAGCUUACAAUCGCGCCGGGGCCGGUCCGCCUGCUCCACCAGUUUACGCCUCAACUGCAGAUGGAGUGCCUCUCGAGGCUGUAGGCGGGGUACGAUGCGCUGCAGAAGCGGGUGCGUUGCGCGUAUGGUGGUCACCACCGGCGCCGCCUGCUCCACCACCAGCACCAGCUCUCGCUGGCUACGAUGUCCACUAUGCUCCUCAAUACGACUCGCCAGCAUGGACUGGUCCUGCUGGCGGCGGCGUGGCAGCAGCGGCGUCAGGCGCGUCGGGCGCCACUUUACGUCAGCUGCGACCUGCGACCAACUACUCCGUCUGGGUACGAGCCCGCACUGGAUCUGGGCCCGGACCUCCUUCUACGACUGUUACUUGUACUACACUUGAUGACGUUCCGGGGGCAAUACGCUCAGUGCGCGCGUUGGCAUCAAGCGCGAGCACUGUGCGCGUGUCGUGGCGCGCGCCACCACGGACUCGGAUCAGCCACUUUACACUAUACACUAAGGAGCGCGACAAAGUGGGUGGGGAGUGGUCUCAGCGAGUGGAGCCGGACGAGGAUCUGGAGGAAGAGGGCGAGGCGUGGCACGAAGUGCGGGGGCUGCGCGAGCGCGUGCUGUACGAGUUCUGGGUGCGUGCGCACAAUGGCGCCGGCGCGGGUGAGCCGGGCCGGGUCGCUACUGCGGCGCCGGCCAGUAACGCCCCAGUGCGCGUGCUGUCAUGGCCGCGAACAAUACGAGCGAUACGCGGGACCCGCGUGCGAUUACGCUGUAUGGUGGCGGGCGGAGGUUCCGGAGCCAUCCGUCGCCGCUGGGCGCCUCUGCCGCGGCGGCACACUGUCACUGCAGCUGGGGAUCUGCUUAUACAUGAGUUAGAAGCAGAAUCAUCAGGCAACUACACUUGCCUCGUAUCCGGCGCGGACGGAUCCAGCGACAUAGCCACGUGGAGAGUAGAUCUUCGAGCGCCGCCGGCCGCCCCGCUCGCGCCGCGCCUGCUGCGCGCUGAUCACCAUAACAUGCUCGUCGCCUGGGACGCCGCGCCGGCGCAUAUAGAAAUGGAGCCUAUAUUAGGUUACACGAUAUGGUGGACGCGUGAAGGUGCCACGGGUGGCACGGCGCGUUCAGCCCGAGUCCCAGCCGGCGCGAGCGUUGGGGGUUAUUCCCGCGCGCUAAGAGGGCUUGCAUGCGGGGCGCGGCACAAAGUGUGGCUGCGCGCUCACUCGCUAGCGGGUGUGAGCGUACCUUCAACGCCAUUACUAGCCGCUACUACUGGUCGCCAAGCCGGAGCACCGCCGGGUGCGGCAUUCAUUUGGGCCAACAGCACAUCGCUGCGGCUCAACCUGCUCGUCUGGAGGGCGGGGGGCGCGGCCGGCGAACUGCCAUGCCCUGUGGCACGCUGGAGCGUGGCGCUACGGCCUGCUGCUGGCGGCGGCUGGUCCGCGCUGCCGGAAGACGGCGAGACUGCGGAGGCGGGUGGUUUAGCGCCAGGCGCAUGGUAUGAGGUGCGCGUGGCGGCGCACGGUGCAGCGGCAGUUACGCGCGCACGAUACCGGGCUGCCACCCGAGCUCGGUCUGGUGAAAGAAUCGGUGAUCCUGUCGAGCUGGCAGUAGAAGAAGGUGCCUCACCAGCGGGCGUGGAAGGCGUCCCGGGUGGCGACACAGAAGGGCGCACAUGGCGUGGCGGCCUUGCGCCAGCACUAGCGGCAGGGGCGCUAGCAGCGCUGCUGGGAGCUGGCGCAGCGGCGUUGCUGCGUGCUCGCCGGGCGUCGACCCCGCCGCCCGCGCGACCCGCACAUCCUCAUCCGCAGCUCUACACUACAGAGCCGGGGAAGAGGAACGGGAAGACUCUCACGCCACCGAAUGGUGAAUUGGAAGAGAUCAGCCCGUACGCGACCUUCAGCAUGGGCGGCGGUGCAACAAACACGGGCACGACCGGCACGACAGGCGCGCGUAGCGGCUGCGCGCUGCACUUACACACGUUUGGGCGCGCGUCGCCACUGGCGAUGGCGGCGCCGCCGUCACGUCCUAACUUACUACAUCACGCAUCAGAAUUCGGCGGAUGUUCGAGCGACUCCGAGUCAAGCGGAUCGCCGUGCGCGGCGUGCGCGGAGACGUACCGCUUGCCCGCCGGCGCGCGGCACACGCCGCACGCUCAUACGCGGUCGCGUUCAGAGUCAGUUUGCGGCGUGGAAUCAAGCGCAGAUGACACGUCGUACAGUGCGAGUGGGCGCGGGGAGCGUGCGGUGCGAGGCGCGCGCGGGGAGCGGGGCGAGCGAGGAGCGCGCGGGCGCCGGCGGCGAGAUCACGCGCCUGCUGUGAGGUAUGGCGAGGUGCGCGAGCGGAGUGGCGACGGCAGUGCGUACGCGCGCCGCGACGCGCUUUAAGCGCGCUGCGGAUGGAGGAAAGCUGUGAGGGUUACGAGUGAGCUGUAAGCGCGUUGCGAGCGCAUGGUGAUUUCUAGUCUUAUUUGUAAAUAAAAUUGUGUUAAACUUUGUAAACAGUCCCAAUGUUGUGCGGCAAGGUGGCCACCGUUUUAUUAAAUAACUCAGUUUUCUACAAAUGUUUUAUUUAUUCCCCUGAUUUAGGUGGCUCAGUUAAUUCAAUCAUUAAAUUUUUUCAAAAAAUAUUUUUGUCUAGACAGCAGCUAUAAAAACGAAGACAUUACCCAGGAGAUACCAAAGAAGAUAAAACAAUUGUUAAAGUAGUUUCCAGCAGUUCAGGCAGUAAAUGCAAUUGCAAUUGCGUUCAAGAAAAAGUAUUUAUUUAGGUACCUAAAUAUUUUGAGCCCGGGAGUUUGUGGCAAAAUGAUUCGUCAUUGGCGUGUAAUUGAACCAAAAAUCUCAUUAAGUGUUGAAGUUUUUGCAAAUCGAUUAGCGGUGUAGAACUAUUUUGGCGAAAGAAGUCUGAGCACAGAGAACUUUGAGACUCUUUACCAAAAGAGUGGGAGGUAAAAGCAUUAACUGACGUAACAAUAGCAGUGAAUAUUGUACAGUCGAGUUGGCCCAUGUAUAAUACAUUACUAAAGAACAUUGCUACUUUGAAAGCCUAUGCCAAGACAUGUUUGUGGAACCAGGUCGGUGUCUGCGGGCAAGUUUGUUGU